AGGUUCACUGAAACCCCUCAUCAGGUUGCAGACAUGUCCUCAGAUAUCCUGCAGGUUGCUGCUCUGGGUCAAUCCUUCACUCUGGGGAUGCUCUACGAUGCUCGCAAGGACAAUUUGGUUUCAGGUUUCUCAUUGUGGGACCAUCAAACUGUACAGGAGAACACAGUGGAGAGCCUUCAGAGCAGCAGUGCCUUCGAGAUCUCUGCGUCCGACUCCACUGGGUCCAAAUCGUCCCUCCUGGAUGUUGAAGCUUCAGUGAAAGCCAGUUUCCUCGGAGGUCUGAUUGAAGUCGGGGGAUCUGCCAAAUACCUGACAGACCAGAAGAAGUUCAUGAAUCAGAGCAGAGUGACCUUUCAGUACAAAGCCACCACCCACUUCAAACAGCUGACACUGACUCAUCUCAGUGCUGACCAAAGUUUGAUUGAGAGAAGUUCUGCUACUCAUGUGGUCACCGGCAUCCUUUAUGGGGCAAACGCUUUCUUUGUGUUUGACAGCCAGAAGGUAGAUUCCAGCCAUGUCCAAGAACUCAGUGGCAGCAUGCAAGCUGUGAUCAAGAAGAUUCCUACCUUCAAUGUGGAAGGACAAGCUCAGAUCCAGCUGACCGACGAAGAAAAAGCCCUAGUUCAGAAGUUCUCUUGUAAGUUUUAUGGUGAUCUCAAUCUUCCAAGUAACCCGACAACAUUUGAAGAAGCCGUGAAGACCUACGUAGAGCUGCCGAAGCUGCUGGGAGAAAAUGGAGAGAAAACCGUCCCAAUAAAGGUCUGGUUGAUGCCACUGAAGAACCUAACUCUAAAAGCUCCUGAUCUUAUGACAGAGCUCAGUGUUGGUCUGGUGAGGAGAGUUGAAGAAACUCUGGAAGACGUGAAGCAGAUGGAAACCAGAUGUAAUGAUGCUCUGGUUGAUGGAGCAGGAGAGGAUUUCCCACAAAUUCAAAAAGACCUGCAUCGUUACCAGAAGCUGUGUAAUUACUACACAUCUGAUCUCCGAAAGACCCUGGAGAAGAAGCUUCCCUCCAUCCGUGAAGGCAAAGAGGAUGAGAGCUCAUUGAGGCAACUCUUUGACAGCAGAGACUUGUCACCGUUCAGUCAUGAAAACCUACUGAAGUGGCUGGAGGGUAAAGAGAGAGAAAUCAACGUCAUCAGGUCCAGUGUAGAAAUAAUGGAGGGAGUGAAGAUCAUCCACAAUCAGUCCGAAUUGGAUCGAGAAGUUCUCAGUCCAGGUAUCAAACAAGUGCUGUGCUUUGUUUUCACCUCUUUGGAAAGUGCUGACCCCUGUCUGGAUGCAAUGGAUCAAUAUCUGGAUUCACGUCAAUUCAGGAGAACCAAUGAGGUUCCAUGGUACUACUCAGAUGAAGUCUUUGCCAGAAUCAGAGGAAAAGCCAGAAUGUUCUCGGAACUUGCCACCAAGUUCAAGAACAACAAGGAGUUUCGCUUUCUGGUGGCAGUCAUCAAAAAUGACAAACACAUAGGAGCAACGAUCUACCAGUACAAAGACGCCAAGAUGGUCACUGAAGAUUUUUCUGUGAAGGAUGUGCCUCUGCCUAGACCUGUGGAGAAAAUCACAGAUAAAGAAGAUCUGAUCUGGUACACCUGUGACCUGACUGUGGACCAAGACACGAUGAGCAAUAAGCUCAGUCUGAAGAGAUACAAGACACACAGCAUUGUCACGACUGUGAGGGAACAAUCCUACCCUGACAACCCAAGAAGGUUUACUUUUCUGCAGUUCAUGUGCCAAGAGGCCUUGCGAGGACGCAGUUACUGGGAGGUAGAGUGGAGCAAUCAAUCCAGAGAAGGAGUCAUUAUCGGACUCGCCUAUGAACAAAUGUCUAGGCAUACUCUGCUGGGAUUUACUCGGGAUUCGUUUGGUCUUUGGCAAGUUUUCAUUCCACCAACAAAUCCAUCCUCUAAAUUUCUUGCCAUGCAUGCUGGUGUACACUGGGAGGGACCCUGUCCCCCUGGCUGCAAGCGGGUUGGAAUAUUUCUGGACUGGCCUGCUGGCAGUCUGUCGUUCUACAUGGUAUCCGCAAACCACCUGACUCACCUUCACACCUUCCACACCUGCUUCACCGAUCCAGUUUAUCCAGCCUGCAGUGUUGGAAAAUCCCCUAAUUCAAUGGUUCUGAAUCCAAAUUAUUGA